UGAUCAGCUACUAUUGUUGUCUCACGUUUAUUCAUCACGAUUCAUUUAUUAUUGAUAAUAAUUUGAAGUAUUCAUGAUUAAAUGAUCAUUUAGUCAUGUAUCGCCGUUUGAAUUGCUUGCGCAAAACGCAGCGUUUUUACUCUUCCAAUGUUUCGGAAAUUGUAUUUAGACCCGAAUCUUUUGCCUGUAGGCAUAUCGGUCCAAACGAUGCAGAACAAGAUGAUAUGUUAAAAGAACUCGGAUAUCAGACUAUAGAAGAUCUCAGUAAGGCCGUGAUCCCAGAUAGUGUUUAUCUCGAAAAAUCGCCUCCUUUGAAAUCAUCAGUUAUUGAUGAACAAACUUUAGCAGAAUUAAUUAAAACGAUAGCCAAUAAAAAUCAAACAUGGAAAAGCUAUAUAGGGAUGGGGUAUUACAACUGUCACAUACCUCAUGUGAUCAAAAGAAAUAUGCUAGAAAAUCCAGGAUGGUUAACUCCUUACACUCCAUACCAAGAAGAAAUUGGUCAAGGGCGGCUGGAAGGUUUGUUAAAUUUCCAAACUAUGAUUACAGAUCUCACUUCUAUGGAUGUUGCUAAUGCAUCUCUUUUGGACGAAGCAACAGCUGCUGCGGAAGCUUUAGCAAUAACAUAUCGACACAAUAAACGUAAACAAUGGUUUGUAGCAAACAACGUUCACCCACAAACGAUAGCUGUAAUUCGAACAAGAGCUUAUGCACUUGGUAUUGAAGUUAAUAUUGAUGACCCGAACCGUAUUAAAAAUUUCAAACAAUAUAGUGGUAUUUUAUUGCAAUAUCCUGACACUUAUGGAUUUUUAUUAGAUUAUGAGGAAGUUGUGCAAAAUGCACACAAAGACGGGGCUCUAGUAAUUUGCGCUACAGAUCUUCUUUCACUUACUUUAAUUAAACCUCCAGGCGAAUUUGGCGUUGAUAUUGCGGUUGGAUCUAGUCAAAGGUUUGGGACGCCUUUAAGCUAUGGUGGACCACAUGCUGCAUUUAUUUCUUGCAAUAAAAAUUUGAUGAGGCUUAUACCUGGUAGAAUGGUUGGCGUUACAAGAGAUGCAGAUGGAAAUCAAGCUUAUAGAUUGACCCUUCAGACUCGUGAACAACAUAUACGUCGUGAAAGAGCUACUAGUAAUAUUUGUACAGCACAAGCGUUACUAGCAAAUUUAUCUGCUAUGUACGCUGUGUACCAUGGACCUAAUGGUUUAAAAAAUAUUGCUGAACGAGUACAUGGAAGUACUUUAUUACUGAAGACUGCAUUAAGUGAAAUAGGUUGUAAAAUAAGUAAUAAUAAUAUUUUUGAUACAAUUCAAGUCAGAAGCAAGUUAUCUCAAAAAGAUAUUUUAAACAAAUGUAACGAAAAAAUGAUUAAUCUAAGAUGGUUUGGUGACCAGUCUAUAGGAAUAUCUCUUGAUGAAACUACAACUACUGAAAAUAUCGAAGAGUUGCUUUGGGUUUUUGGAUAUAAAACUAGUAUUAAUCAAAUAAUAUCACACGAUGAACCGCAAAAAUGUAUUAUAAGCAAUUCACCAUUUAGUAGAACUUCACAGUAUUUACAACAUCCAGUAUUCAAUAGUCAUCAGUCAGAGACAAAAAUUGUUAGAUAUAUGAAACAAUUAGAAAAUAAGGAUAUUUCAUUAGUCCACUCUAUGAUUCCUUUGGGAUCCUGCACAAUGAAACUUAAUGCAACAGUUCAAUUACUACCACUGUCAGAGCCCGGAUUCGUUAAUAUUCAUCCUUUUGUUCCACCAGAACAAGCAUUAGGGUAUCAACAAAUUCUCCAAGAAUUAGAAUAUUAUCUUUGUCAGCUCACUGGUUUUGAUAAAGUGUCAUUUCAACCGAAUAGCGGUGCUCAAGGGGAAUUUGCUGGUCUUUGUGCAAUUAUGAAGUAUCAUCAACAACGAAAUGAUAAUGAAAGGAAAGUAUGUUUAAUUCCAACAUCAGCACAUGGGACAAAUCCAGCAUCUGCCCAAAUGGCAGGAAUGGACAUUAUGACAGUCGGAACUUCAAAAGAUGGUUGUAUCGACUUGAAAGAUUUAAAAACUAAAAUUGAAAAGUGUAAGAAUAUUUUAUCUUGUAUAAUGAUUACAUACCCAUCCACAAACGGUGUAUUUGAAGAAUCUGUCAAAGAAAUAUGUGAACUUGUUCAUCAAAAUGGAGGACAAGUUUAUAUGGAUGGAGCAAAUAUGAAUGCACAAGUCGGACUUUGUCGACCUGGAGAUAUUGGAGCAGAUGUAUGUCAUUUGAAUUUACAUAAAACAUUUUGUAUACCACAUGGUGGUGGUGGUCCUGGAAUGGGACCAAUAGCAGUUAAAUCACAUUUAGCAUCGUACUUACCAUCACAUCCUGUCAUUGCCACUGGAAGUACGGCGAGUUUGAGUACUGUAAGUGCUGCUCCUUUCGGUUCUGCUGCUAUAAUACCAAUUUCAUGGGCAUAUAUUAAACUCAUGGGAUCAAAAGGGCUUAGAAAAGCUACUCAAGUAGCUAUACUUAACGCCAACUAUAUGAGUAAGAAAUUAAGCGGUCAUUAUAAAACUCUUUUUGUGGGUUCUAAGAAUGGACUUGUUGCUCACGAGUUUAUACUUGAUACUCGUGAUUUUAAAAACACCGCCAAUAUAGAUGCAACAGACAUUGCUAAACGUCUUAUGGAUUACGGAUUUCACGCUCCUACCAUGUCUUGGCCUGUUACUGGAACAUUGAUGAUUGAACCAACUGAAUCAGAGGGUAAAGCAGAAAUGGACAAAUUCUGUGAUGCUCUUAUUAGUAUAAGGAAUGAAAUAAAACAAAUAGAAGAUAAUUUGGCCGAUAAACAAAUUAAUGUUUUAAAAAUGUCACCUCAUACAUUAAAACAAAUUUGUACCGAUAAUUGGAAUAGACCAUACCCAAGAGAAUUAGCAGCGUAUCCUAUGGGUUAUGAUCAAAAAGUGUGGCCAAGUGUUGGGCGUAUUGACAGCAAAUAUGGAGAUCAAAACGUAGUUUGCAGUUGCCCUCCUCUUCUUUAAACUCGUCGUUUCUACAAUAAAAUUAAUACAAAUUAAAUAAUAUUAUUUAUUUAUUUUGAAUUUUCUAAAACAAGUCUUUUGUAAAUAACAGUUAUAAUUUUUUAUUGCUUACCAGAAUGUAUAUUUCAAAAUAUAUAAAAAUAUUUCAUUCAUUAAAAAUAAAAAAAAUGUAUUUGAUGGAUUAAUGUACAAUUAAAUAUGUAUAUGUAUAAGUAUUUUUGAUACAUAUUAAAAAUUAAAUGUAACAUACAAGUUUCUUUUAA